AUGACUGGGCUGUUCCACCUUGGGCAACUGCUUAAAGGGAAAAGAGACCGCUACAUCAUAACCAAGGAGCUCCAAGAGAGCGUGUGGCUUGCAAAGAGCCAAAACAAACAGCACGUAAUCAUCAAAGGCGUGCGACACUUCCGGCUGACAAACGAAAGCGAUGUCCUAUAUCGCUUCCAAAACCGAACCCCGUUUAUCCGACCGCUGCUUGAUGAGAUUAUCGACCCAUCAGAUCCUCCAGCAAUUGUCCUACGGCACUUAGAUGAUCACCUCUUAAAUGCCUCCUCCGCGCAGAAACUGACUACGCCUGAAGUCAAAUACAUUGCCAAAAGGAUCCUCGAGGCACUAAAGUUACUGCAUGCCGAUGGUUUCGUACACACCGAUGUUAAGCCCGACAAUGUGCUCGUUAACUAUGGGGUGGGAGACAUUCGUUUCACCGAUGUUCAGCUGGCGGAUAUGGGAAGCACUGUGCCGGCUAAUUCGGCAUACGCGAAAGACGGUGAUAUGAUCGGGGCGCCUAUAUGGAGAAGCCCUGAAGCCCAUCUGCAAAUAGGAUGGGACACACCGACCGAUAUAUGGUCCUUUGGUGCUUUGGACUAUGAACUCAAGAUUCUUAUGCGUCAGUGUCAAUUCUUCGGCCCGUUUCCCCUUUCCUACCAAGAAAUUGCAGGCGCAGAGACCUUGAAUAUCUUGUCAUACAUUCACCAAUCCCUGGCUCCGGGAAUGCAGAAACCUUUCGCGCUAAUCUCGGAGAGAGAGGUGUCGAAAGAGGACAAGAAUUUUAUCCUCAAGAUCAUGAAACUAGAUCCAAGGGAUCGGCCUUCAGCUGGAACACUGCUAGAGGAUGAAUGGUUCCGUAUUGAAUAA